AUGGUUCCCUCGGACUCGCAUGAUCUUGGCGAUUCCUGGAUAGAAGUCACUCCACAAAGUUUGGGUUACAACCAAAAUGGUUCUAGUUAUUCAGGUUUCCAGGAACCUGGGGGUCUCCAUACCAUAGUUGAAGAAAGAUUACUAACUCUCUUCCUCUCAGAAGCCCAAGAACAUUCAGACAGAACCAGCGAUGGUUCUCUGCCUAGCCCAUUAUCACACGACGAACUUCACAGUGGUGAUACAUCCGAACAAUCUCACUCUACUUAUCAAAAUAUAAGUAUGGCCAAAUUCCCUACUGCGAGUUUUCCAACUGAUUUUCCAGUUACAAGCUCUGGAGAAUGGGCUAGUCGACCUGAAAUUGGAGCGUAUACUGCACUGGCAUGUCAGACAAAUGAUUCCAAAGAAAGCGUAUCCGGUCCUCCUAAUUGCUUAUCUCCAAUUAACGGCUCGUGGUAUCUACGCAACUCGGCUUUUAUGAAAUCGCGUUUCAUUGGUUGGUUGCUUGAUCAUAUUCCAAAUAUAUUAAGCCAUGCGACUACAUUCCUGUUGGGAGCAAUUACAUGAGAAUUCAACGAAUGAACUUCACAAACUUAUUACUAAAUAUUGCGUGAAAUCUAUUGUGACGUGUGCUACUGAUGUCGACAUAUAUAAGUAGUAUGUAUCAUCAAUUGAACGUAAAAUACCUGGAGGCGGAAGGUCAAGGAAAAGAGAACGAGAACAAAGAAUGGUUGGUGUGCAAAUGAAAGAACGAUGAAGUCUGAGACAAUUGAUUGACAUUUUGCAGAUGAAUUAUUUACUGUAUUUUUCUCAGAUUUCAAUAAGAUGUUCUGUAAUUUUAUACCCAAGUUUAUUUGAUUGUCCCGAUUUGUGUUCCCGUUCACAACACGUUUAUCCUAGAGCUAUACUAGCAUCUUAUCUAUCCCAGAUUAAAAACAAUGUUUCCAUUAAAGAUAAAUAUAUAGUUUAACUCAAACAC